UGUGGCUGGGGGAGGAGGACUCCGAUUGCUUUGGAAAAGUAUUACUUGGAAGACAGUCUACUUUUCAUCUCCACUUGGCCCCACGACGUAAGGGGAUCUAUUAAAAGGUGGCCGAAAUUUUCGGACGCGACAAGAAUCCGUUCCAUCUCGCUUCUGCUUCGAGUCGUUUGGGUCCACGUUGAAACUUCGAGGCCUGCUUAGGUUAGCCUAGCCUAGUUUAACCGCUAACAAAGACGACAAACAGCGCACCUGGUUCGAAACGUCGCCGAGCAACCAAUCAUCAAAUCCUAAAAUGUCAGAUCUAUAUGUCAGCCAAGCCUAUCGUCUUGAGCACCAGGAGUCUGCAUGCGUCAAGGGGGAGGAGGAAGAGUCCGUUCAUAUUCAAGGUCAUCCCAAGCAUUUUUUUCUUUAGAUGAGGCAGAAAUCACAUAUCUAGUCUAAUGUAAUGGCUUGGCCUACUUAGUAUCUUUGUAAUAGACUCGUGAAGGUUUGUGCCACGGCAUCGACUUGACUAUUGUUUGCAGAUUGAAAGAUUUCUUACUAUGCAAACAAAUUUACUUCGUUUGAAGAAAUUACAGGAUGAAGAUACAGUAUAUUAGGCGCAAUCACAAGUAUACAGUGGGGCAAAUAAGUAUUUAGUCAACCACUAAUUGUGCAAGUUCUCCCACUUGAAAAUAUUAGCGAGGCCUGUAAUUGUCAACAUGGGUAAACCUCAAUGAUGAGAGACAGAAUGUGGGAAAAAAACUAAAAAAUCAUAUUGUUUGAUUUUUAAAGAAUUUAUUUGCAAGUCAUGGUGGAAAAUAAGUAUUUGGUCAAUACCAAAAGUUCAUCUCAAUACUUUGUUAUGUACCCUUUGUUGGCAAUAAUGGAGGCCAAACGUUUUCUGUAACUCUUCACAAGCUUUUAACACACUGUUGCUGGUAUUUUGGCCCAUUCCUCCAUGCAGAUCUCCUUUAGAGCAGUGAUGUUUUGGGGCUGUCGUUGGGCAACAUGGACUUUCAACUCCCUCCACAGAUUUUCUAUGGGGUUGAGAUCUGAAGACUGGCUAGGCCACUCCCGGACCUUGAAAUUCUUCUUAAGAAGCCACUCCUUUGUUGCCCUGGCUGUGUGUUUGGGAUCAUUGUCAUGCUGAAAGACCCAGUCACAUCUCAUCUUCAGUGCCCUUGCUGAUGGAAGGAGAUUUUCACUCAUAAUCUCGCGAUACAUGGCCCCAUUCAUUCAUUCCUUUACACAGAUCAGUCGUUCUGGUUCCUUUGCAGAAAAAUGGCCCCAGAGCAUGAUGUUUCCACCCCUAUGCUUCACAGUGGGUAUGGUGUUCUUGGAUGCAAUUCAUUAUUGUUUCUCCUCCAAACACGAGAACCCGUGUUUCUACCAAAAAGUUCUAUUUUGGUUUCAUCUGACAAUAACACAUUCUCCCAGACCUCUUCUGGAUCAUCCAAAUGCUCUCUAGCAAACCGCAGACGGGCCUGGACGUGUACUUUCUUCAGCAGGGGGACACGUCUGGCAGUGCAGGAUUUGAGUCCCUGGCGGCGCAUUGUGUUACUGAAAGUAGCCUUUGUUACUGUGGUCCCAGCUCUCUGUAGGUCAUUCAAUUGGUCCCCCCGUGUGGUUCUGGGAUUUUUGCUCACCGUUCUUGUUAUCAUUUUGACACCACGGGGUGUGAUCUUGCAUGGAGCCCCAGAUCGAGGGAGAUUAUCAGUGGUCUUGUAUGUCUUCCAUUUUCUAAUAAUUGCUCCCACAGUUGAUUUCUUUACACCAAGCGUUUUACCUAUUGCAGAUUUAGUCUUCCCAGCCUGGUGCAGGUCUGCAAUUUUGUCUCUGGUGUCCUUCGACAGGUUUUUGGUCUUGGCCAUAGUAGAGUUUGGAGUGUGACUGACUGAGGUUGUGGACAGGUGUCUUUUAUACCGAUAAUGAGUUAAAACAGGUGCCAUUAAUACAGGUAACGAGUGGAGCCUCGUUAGACCUCGUUAGAAGAAGUUAGACCUCAUUGACAGCCAGAAAUCUUGCUUGUUUGUAGGUGACCAAAUACUUAUUUUCCAUUGUAAUUUGGAAAUAAAUUCUUUAAAAAUCAAACAAUGUGAUUUUCUGUUUUUCUUUCACAUGCUGUCUCUCAUGGUUGAGGUUUACCCAUGUUGACAAUUACAGGCCUCUCUAAUCUUUUCAAGUAGAACUUGCACAAUUGGUGGUUGACUAAAUACUUAUUUGCCCCACUGUAGAACAGGCACACUAAAUAGCGCAAACAAAAGCGUAACGCUGUUUCAAACACACUGACGGAAAACAUCUGGUCACGCCAGCCACACCGAAUCAAGUCGAUCCGGUCACGCCAGCCACACCAAAUCAAGUGGAACAUUUCAAAAAAGGUGAUACAUCGUGAAACUUUGUAGGCCAAAGGUUUUUCGAUAUGCUCUCACCAAGAAUCAAAAUAUUGUUUUUAAAAAAGCGUCAUUGUUUACAGAAAAAAUAACCAACAGGUUGCUACCACAAUCUUCCAUUAGAAUAGUGUUUGGUUGGCUCAAUUUCAAUGGCGGUCAUUAACGGCGCUGGACAGCCAAUUAAUUUUGACUGGGUUGGACGUCUAGGGCCGUCAAUGGCACUGAAAACGGAGCAUUCGCGUCCAGUCUUUUUUGGGCAUUUAUAGGUCAUUUCCUGUUCAUCAAAGGCCGUUUUCAGGUUACUUCCUCUUGAUUUUGAGUCACUUUCUUUUCAUUUGGUGACAUUCUCAAAUCAUUUCCUUUUCAGUAACCCAAAAUAAACAGGAUGUGACCCGUAAUUGCCUCAAAAUCAACAGGUAGUGAACCAUAAAUGCCCCAAAAUCAACAGGAAGUGACCCGUAAAUCAACAAGAAAUGACCCAAAAUCCACCAUAACUUCUCGUUGAUUUUGGGUCAAAAUGAACAGCAAGUGACCCGAAAUCAACAGGAAGUGACCCUUAAAUGCCCCAAACGGAAAAGAAAGUGAACGAAAUCAACAGGAAAUGACUUGAAAUGCUCCGAAAUGAACUUAUUGCCUUGCAUUGGCUGCCACUGAUGGCAACAAGAUUCAUUUGUUCAUUGGCUGCCGUCCCUCCCACUUCAAACGGAUUGGAGGUCUAUCAGUGGUAAACUCAUUCACAGCAGAAGGAUGGGGAAAAAAACGUGUUUUUCUGUGUCUUAGUGAUUUUCUGACGCAUGUAUCGAUAAUUGUCAUAUCGCCAUAUCGUGAGCUCAUAGUUAUCAUGGGCCUUGUAUCGCAUAUCGUAUCGUGAGCUACCCAGAGGUUCCCACCCCUAUUUACCCAUGUGUGAUACACCUUAGUUUCCUUACACUAAAUUUGUUUCUGUAUACGAUUAGCGCAAGCUGUCAGUGCUAAUAGCGCAGUGCUAGCUUGCGCCACUGAUUUUUUCUUUGUCAAAACGGCUGCCACCAAGUUCGAUGAGCAGACUAGCUCACUGGUGCUUGUCUGCUCGAAUUGUUCUUGUACUGUGUCUUCAAUAUGACUCGAUGAACGUUCGUGCUCGAGCCUUCCGUCUCUUCUUUUGUCCAUUCAUGAAAAAAAGAGACGGUAACACUUUAUAAUAACUAUCCGUUAUAACUAGGUAAUAGAUCAUGAGUAAACAGUUUUUAAAUGAUUUAUUGGUGAUCUUUAAAGUGUUUGUUAACAGUGUGUAAAGUAUUUAUAAUGAUGCUUAUAGAUAGUUAAUAUAUCAUCAAUAAACUGCUGUUUAAUGAGUAAUAAACGACUUGUAAACUGUGUGUCAAUGAUUUAUAUCUACACCUCAAUUAGUAAUAUACCAUUAACAAGCUAUUAGUAACUAGCUAACAUAUGACUUAUUAAGUAUCAUUUGAUAGUUUAUUUACGUUAAUGGGACGUUAUUCUAAAGUUGCAACAACUCCUCAUUUCUUAAUUGUUAGUAAAUGAGGAACAAGUGCAACUUUAGAAUAACGUCUAAUAACAUACAUAGUAGGCCUGAACGAUAUAUCGUUUAAACAUCGCCAUCGCGAUGUGCGCAUGCGCAAUAGUCCCAUCGCAAGGACGUGCGAUAGUUUUUUCAUUUCAUUUUUUUAAAUCCACAAACGUUUGUUUUGAGCAAGGAGCGAGAAAGAGAGUGCAGUCUCUCAUUCUCUCCAGCUCGCAGUCAUCGGCUCCUCCCCCUCCCCUGCUAGAGCGGAGUGGAGGGAGGGAGGAGGGGCCGAACAGCAGAGCGGAGGGAGGAGGGGCCGUUUUCAAAGUGAAAGCAAGCAACACGUUGAAUAGGGAAGACUGUCUCCAAAAGGAGUUUUGGAAGUAUUUUGGUUAUCGACAAGAAUAUAAGGAACAAAAAACAGCCCUGUUGACAGUGCCUCGCCAUGGUUGCCUCAACAAGAAGUAAUCCGUCGAACAUGUGGGACCAUUUAAAACGCAGGUAUCUAUGCAUUCCUGCUACGAGCUUCCCAUCAGAGGCUUUUUAGUACAGGUGGGAACAUUGUUACGUGCCAACGUUGUUGUCUCAAGCCUGCAAUGGUGGAUAAACUAGUAGUCUUGGCCAAAAACCUAUGAGACCCAGUUGAGAAUUGCUGAGCAAGGAAGGUGGACGAUAUGCAGACAAAUACAUAAAUUUGGGAGUUAAAAUGGUUCUGUUAUUCAUCAGUUAUUUGCUGUUAUUCAGUUCAAUUAUUUACAAGUUCAAUUGAGUUUCUGUUUCUUUUAUAUUUAAAUUAACUGUAAAUCGUAUUUUUCAAAUAACUAUAGUACAGCUGCACAUAAAGUUUUGAUACUUAAUAUUUUUAAAAUAUUUUUACAACUUUGUUGCAGUUUUGCAGUUCUAUAUUGUUAUAUUUUGUGUAAACAACUCAGGGGACUAAUGCACUUGCACUUUUAUUUGACAGAUUUAAUAUUUAAGUUCAAAUAUGUUGACAACUUUAUUGUUUUACUGAGGUUCUUAUUUAUUGUUAUAGUUUGUGAACAACUCUUAUUUGUCAUAUUUAAUAUUUUUGUUCAAAUAUGUUUACAACUUUGUUGUUAUUUUACCGAAGUUGUUAUUUAUUGUUAUAUUUUGUCAAAAACUCAGGGGCUGCUCUUUUAUUUGUCAUUUAAUGUAUUUGCUGCUGUUGAAGUGUCAAAUAUUGUGUUCAAGAAAUUAUCUAUUUUGUGCAGACAUGGCUUCCUGGAUCCCUUCAUAAUAAUACAGCAAUCUUAAUCAUUCACAAAUGAAACCGUAUUAUAUGAAUACACUGUGGUCACGGUGUGUCAUGCAAAGUAUUUCCAAACAGCUAUUCAAGUCAUCUAGUGAAUAUUUCUUUAAAAUUAUUUAUUAUUAUUUUUUUUUUUUACUAUCGCAAUAUAAUAUCGCAAUAUAUUGCACACCUAAAAAAAAUCGCAACAAUAGUUUUUUCCAAUAUCGUUCAGGCCUAAUACAUAGGCUUAUAACUAAUAUAUUAACUCACACUUUACAGAUCAGUUGUUAAUGGUUUGCUAACCAUCUGCUAAACUUUGAAGAACAGCAAAUAGGUUGAACAAGUUCAAGGUACCGAAAUUGAAUGUUUAAAUUUAAAGGUUUUCGACCUCAUGAUUGUUCUACCAAUAUGCCUUAUUGUGUCCUAUAUUUUACCAAAGAAACACCACAGAUGAAAUUUUAAACAUUUUGUUUAAUGCACAGAAACAUACAUAAUGCGACAUCACAUGACAGAACAGCAAAAUACAACAGUAUAUUACAAACCCAAAAAUUUGGGACACUGUUUGUGCUAACACAGGAUAAACUUCAUUUAUGAGGGGCAUUUAAUGUCCAUACAUCACGGAUAUGUCAUGGAUUAUCUGUCCUAAUGGCCCAUUGUGAUGCUUACGGGCAAGCCACUCGCGCCAUUCAAAAACUCUGAGAUGGUCUGCCAGUAACUCCUGUGUACGAUUUCCCCUGAGUCUCCACACAUUUUCCUUUACUGUUCUCCAGGCCCUCUCUAUGUGCUGAGUAUGUGCACCUGUUUGGGUAUUUACAUAAGAAAUACUGUGAUUGACAGUGAAAUGGGUGUAACCUAGCUGAGGUAGAGCAUUGCGAUAAGCUCGCCACUCAUCACUUAUUAUAGUGGAUCCCAAUUUCACAUGAUGAACGAUAAGUGGUACCAGAUCGCUCCUCCUCCUUCUCGCAACUAAGCGAAGAAUAGGCUUUGCAUGUUUUCUCCUUCUGUGGUUCACACCUAACAUCCCAAACACCCAUUUCUUCCUCUUCCAGCCACCAGCCAUUCGUCCCCGUCCGUACUGUUAAAAAAUGUAAAAUAUUGAGAAUUAUUCUUCCAUAAUAAAGUAAAUAAUCUGUCAUUCAAUGGUAAUUUGUAUUACUAUGUUGAUAAUAGAACUUUUUGCUUGCCUUUCUUUUGUGUCUGAAGUGGCUUUCAUCAACCGAGACAAACUGAUGCCGUCCUCCAAUGUACUGGCCUCUUGCUUGCUGAUAUUUGUCCAUCGCAGUAGUGCAUACAUCUCGCAGCUUUUGAGCCAUCUUGGAAAGGGUUGCUGAGCUUCCAGAAAUGUCGUCAUUGAUCAUAUCCACUUGACGUAAGCGCAAGCCUUGUGCAAAUCUGAUAAAACAAGGCAAAGAAUUAAUUUAACACAGGUAUUUCACAUUUUUUUGGUUUGAUAUCCAAUGCUCCCCAAGUUAUGAAAAUUCCCCACUAAUUACAAAAACAACAGCAACUAGAAAAGCACUUCUUCACUUCAAACCUCUGUCAAGCAGCUCAGUUUACCCAUCAUUUAAUGUGAAACAAUUAGAGAUGUACCUUGACCUAGUGCCCAAAUAGUUGAAUUUUGUAAAAUUCUGUCCAAACCUUUUUAGUAACCUUGCCCCCCACCCCCCAAUAAAAUAAAAUUAAAUUAAAUUAAAAUAAAACAGACAAACAAACCAACGCUGCCAAAAACACAACAUCCUUUGUGGAGUUAAUGAUGGGAAAUAUGUUUUUGGUAAGUUGUACAGAGCUCUGUGACCACAUUUGGGACUAAUAAUACUGUAGGAUAUUUGUAAAAAAUAAUUAUUUAUAAAAUAAAAGAGAGAGCCAGUUGCAGUUUAAUAUAAAGAGGCAAGGUCAGGGAUGUUGCUUAACCAGGCCUCAUACUGACCAACACAGCAUCCCAUAGGUAAAAGGGAUUUAACAUAUUUCCAUAAUUAAACUAUUAAGAAUUCAAGCUGUAAAUGUAAACAUACAGUAGUUAUAGAAAAUAAAUCACAAAAAUGAAAUUAAUCCAAGCACAUUAUCAUGAUAAAUCUAGACAUGCUCCAUAACAUAUCACACAGAAUUCCUAUUUACAUAAACAUUUUUUUUUUUUUUAAUCAUAGACAGACAGAAAAUCAUAUACCUAUUACAUACCUGUACACAAAGCGCAUCCAGUUAAAGAGCGAGACCUUUGAUUUGCUGAAUAUAGAUUUGUGUCUAAUUGACCUCUUGAUUUUCCUCCCUCUGUGGUUAUGGUGUUUGCAAACCCUGCAGACAUACAGAUAAAGAUAAAAAUGACACAGGCCAGGGGAGUGGCUAGAGCAGUGAUUCUCAUGUGGUGAACCCCAAAUUAAUGUGUAUUUGGCCAUGGACCAUUUACACAACAAAGAAUAACAUAAUAUAACAAAAGUACCUUAUGAAAUCUUAUUUUGUGUGUGUCUGAGCGAGAGAAAGUCUCACUGUCAAUCUUGUCAUACAACUCUAGCGACAACAUCGACAAAGUUGUCCAAUUUUUACAAAAUAAAUCAUUCACAACAUGAAUUUACACCAAUUUUCGAUUGGAAGUAUUUGUUAUCUAUGAAUUGAGAUAUAUUGGGCACUCUUAUCAGCUCACAAUUAAAGCAAUUUGUCACCAGAAUUCAGAGCCAAAAUAUUCAUGUAUGAUGUCAUUUCAUGCAUUAAAUAUAAAUUUACCAUGCAUAGUUGUCCACACAAACUGAUUCCUCGAAUUUCAUCCUGUGUUUGCAUUUAUGGCAUCUCAUUUGUCUUCUUAGAAGCCUUUUCUUCUGCAUCCAUUUGAUUAAUUUUCUGUGCCUUCUUUGAGAAGCCUUUCUGCCUUCAAUAAGUUCUCUUAGCUCAGUGGCUAAACCAGGCAUUAUUUGGCUACGAUAUCACAAUAGGACUUCAUUAGGGUCUACCUGUUACCUUUAUUCUUUUCACUCAUACAAGAUUUCCGCGCCUCUGUGACUACCUCCCGCCAGAUUACGUUUGAUUUCUAUUAUAAAUCAGGGGUGACACAAGCCAAUCAUAAUUGUAUUCACGAGUUUGAGGAGGAGACAUCAGGCAUUCAUCAUCAUAUUGGUUGGUUGUCAACUUGUCAAUCACUUCGAAUCACCACUGUACUUUGACGAAUGAUAAACAGACACGCCCACCCUUAACUCACGAAUUAGUUAAUAGUUACUGGACGAGCGGCUAGCAUUAGCAUUGAUUUCAAACUAUGAAUACACGGUCCGGUAAAAUGUCCGACACCACUGUUAGCGGUGAUACGAAAAAUGCAGACUUAAAUCCAGGUACUGUCGGGAGAAAGAAAAACAAGUCCACAGCGGUUACUUCCAGAAAAAAGAAAACUACACUAAUGGACCAUGCAGCGCACAUGGACAACAAUGAUGACGAUACUGAGGAAACUGUAGCUCCAACAGCAUUUUUAUGUACUGACAAGAAGCAACUUAAGUUCUUUGAGGCAGAGAAGAAGCAGCACAAAAUCACACAAAAAAUCAGUGACCUCAAUGAUACUGAGGAGAGAGGGUCCCUCUACCAAAAAGGGAGACAAGAUACAGAUGAUUGUGGGACAACUGACACAUUUUCCUCAGCCAACUCUUCUUCUGAUGCAUCUCCAUCCUCCUCCAUCUCUGCAUCCUCCAGUACAUCCAGCUCAUCUUCAUCCUCCUCAUCCUCAUCAACUGAUUCAUCUGAUUCAGACAACAAAUCAAAAAGACGGAGGAAGAAAAAGAAGCACCACCACCGGAGUCACAAGAAAAAGGACAAAAGAAAGAAAAAGGACAAGAAAAAAAGCCAACACGGCAAGCAAAGAGCACGUCAUCCUGAGGAGGCCAUCAAGAGAUACAAGAAAGUCCUUAAGGCGUACAAGAAAGGAAGAAAGUUGAGUGUGGCAUAUCGAAAGGUUGGUGUUGAUCGGAACACCAUCGUCGCCAGUGCCCCAAUCUGUGAGCUGGCUGUCGUAGCCCCGAAGAAAUACAAGGAGUUGAGGAUUGCUCACAUGCCACAGCAACGAUUGCAGGACUUUGCAAAAAAAUGUCUGGAGGUGUUGAUUAAUGAUCCAAACCUUUUGAGGGAUGUUGAAAAGCAAAAGAAAAAGGGAAAACUCAUUCCUUUUUCUAAGAAAGCUUAGGUGUUGUGGCUUUGCGCGAGGUCCCCUGGAGCAGUUCGGUUGUAGCCCAGGUUGGGUAUAGAGGUUCCAAGAUAAUAUAAAAAAUGCCAAUGGCUUGAGUUUGCACAAAUAGUGUUUGAUCCUCAUAUGCUUGUAUACCAUAUACAGUAGUUUUGUAUACUGCUGUUUGUUUGUUGUUUUUGUUGUUGUAUGUGUGUAUCCGGGUAUUAACCACGUGUUCAGCAAUUCAAAUGUGUGUAGUGUGUAGUGUGUCCGGGUAUUAAACACAUGUUCAGCAUUUCAAAUGUUUGUAGCGUUUCGUGUAUCAGGGUAUUAAACACAUGUUCAGCAUUUCAAAUGAGUGUUGUGUUUCUUUGGUAAAAUACAGCAGACAUAAAGGCCUAUGGGUGGAACAAUCAUAGGAAAAAAAACAAUAAAUAUCGCAUCAAAUUUUGUACUUGUUCAACCUAUUUGCUGUUCUUCG